AUUAUUUUCAAAAUCUAAAGACACUGUAUAUGUUUGUACUAUUUAACUAUCCAAAAAAGCUGUCAACUUCACAACACACUUAACGAACCCCCAAAAUUUUCUUGAAUAGUACACUUGUGUCUCUCUUGCUUCAAGAUCCUUUUCCUCAAAUUUUCAAGUGAAUUGGAGAUUGUGCAUGGAUCUAAGUGGUAAUUGGAAGAUGUGCUGAACUUUGAAUUUGGGUUAUUAAUUGUUGUGGCUGUUGGUUUUCGAUUGAAAUGGAGCAAGGCUUUGGUUCAGAUUCUGUUCCGCCAACGGGGCCUAUUGAUAAGUCUAAGGUUUUGGAUGUGAAACCUUUGAGAUGUCUUGUCCCUGUAUUUCCAUCCCCAAAUGGAAUGUCAUCUUCUACAACUCCUCAACCCUCACCUUUUGUGUGUGUUCCUCCAAGUGGUCCUUUCCCUCCCGGGGUUUCUCCGUUUUACCCGUUUUUGUCCCCUAAUGAGUCUGGAAGAUCAGCUGAAAAUCAGGAAGGUUUUGGUUUUGGGACGCCUAUAUCUCCCGUUCCUUUGAAUUCAUUCAGAACUCCAACUGCGAACGGAGACACUGGGCCAAGGAGGCCUGGUAGACCUCGUGCUAAUAAUAACUUAGCUGCAGAAGAUGAUGGUCUCAGUGGUUCACAGAGCGACCAAUUCGCUAGUGGCUAUAGUGUGCACACCAAUGAUGUUGAAGACACAGGUACGGGUAAAAAAAGGGGAAGACCAAGAAAGACUAGGUUAAGUCAGCCAGCUAAUAAUGCAGCAGGUAGCCCCCCAGCCGAGGUGGAUAUCGAUCCGCUAUUAAAUCAGCUGCUCGCGUCCUUUAAACUUGUUGAGAUCGAUCAGGUUAAGAAAGCCGAUGGUGACAAGGAGCUAGCUGGGCGGAUACUGUUGGUUUUUGAUUUGUUUCGCAGAAGGUUGACUCAGAUUGAAGAGAGAAAGGGUGAGACUCCAGGUUCUUCAAGAAGGCCAGACCUAAAGGGUGCUAAUUUGCUGAUGACAAGGGGAGUUCGGACAAAUCAAUCAAAGAGGAUUGGAAAUGUACCUGGGGUUGAAGUUGGUGACAUUUUUUUCUUCAGGAUGGAAUUGUGCCUCGUUGGUUUGCAUGCACCCAGUAUGGCAGGGAUAGAUUAUAUGAGUGUCAAACUUACAGGGGAAGAGGAACCUAUUGCGGUUAGUAUAGUGUCCUCUGGAGGGUAUGAUGAUGAAGGGGAUGACGGGGAUGUGCUAAUUUAUACUGGCCAGGGUGGAGUCCAGAGGAGGGAUGGCCAAAUGUUCGAUCAGAAACUUGAGAGGGGAAAUCUUGCUUUGGAAAAGAGUAUGCAUCGCGGCAAUGAGGUGAGAGUAAUUAGGGGUGUUGUAGAUGUUCAAAAUGGGGGGAGAGGAAAGAUCUAUAUGUAUGAUGGACUUUAUAGGAUCCGGGAAUCAUGGGCAGAGAAAAGCAAAUUGGGCAACUGCAGCAUUUUCAAGUACAAAUUGUUCAGAGUACCCGGGCAGCCUGAAGCAUAUACAUUGUGGAAAUCAGUUCAGCAAUGGAGAGAUGGAACGGCAACACGUGUUGGAGUUAUCCUGCCCGACCUAACAUCUGGUGCAGAGAGUCAACCUGUUUGUCUUGUAAAUGAUGUUGAUGACGAGAAGGGACCUGCUUAUUUCACAUAUAUCCCAAGUCUGAAAUACUCGAAACCUUUCAUGAAGUCUAAUAAUCCAUCUAUUGGCUGUCAAUGUGUUGGCGGAUGCCAACCUGGUGGUACUUGUCCUUGCAUUCAGAAAAAUGGAGGUUAUUUGCCUUUUAAUUCACUUGGAGUUCUUAUGAGUUACAAAACCUUGAUACAUGAGUGUGGUUCUGCCUGUUCAUCCCCUCUGAAUUGCAGAAAUCGGAUCACUCAAGCAGGUCCUAAAGCGCGUGUGGAAGUCUUCAAAACAAAAAAUAGAGGUUGGGGACUUAGGUCUUGGGAUCCGAUACGCGGAGGUGGCUUUAUUUGUGAAUAUGCUGGAGAAGUCAUUGAGGAAUCUAGGGUAGGUGAGUUCGGCAAUGAUGGCGAUGAUGAUUACAUAUUUGAUGCUACCCGCAUGUAUGAGCCAUUGGAAGCUGUCCGUGAUUAUAAUGACGAAUCCAAAAAGGUCCCCUAUCCCCUCGUAAUAAGUGCAAAAAAAGGUGGCAAUGUGGCUCGUUUUAUGAACCAUAGUUGUUCACCUAACGUUUUCUGGCAGCUUGUUGUACGUGAAAUGAACAAUGAGACAUACUACCACGUUGCCUUUUUUGCCAUUAGACAUAUUCCUCCCAUGCAAGAAUUGACUUUCGACUAUGGCAUGGUUCCACCAGACAAAGCAGAUCGUAGGAGGAAGAAAUGCUUAUGUGGGUCGUUGAACUGUAGAGGGUAUUUUUACUAGUCGUCAUGGUGACAGAAAUGGAGUUCACUAGUCAACAUCGUAUCAAGAUUGGCCUGUGUGGACAUGCCUCGUGUUCUGCUAUCCGUCCAAAAAAUGAGCCAUUUUUUGGAGCUUUUGUUCUCCUCAGUUUUUCCAGGGCCAGGGAUCUGACUCUUCAAUAUCCUUUUAAGCAAGGUUUGGUAGCAUGAUUUGGCAGAAAAGUUACCUUUGUUUUUUCCUUCCACCAUAAGGAAUCCUUCCUGUUUUCAACACCAAUAUUAAUCCAGUAGUUGUGGUAAUAAUGUAACCUGAUGAAUUUUCCAAUUGUUAAAGUUCCUUCUAAAUGAUAUCUUCCAUCCAUCCACUCCAAUCAUGGUGCAACUGUAAUCUGCUUAUCAUGUCAGAUUGAAGAGAUCUGAAAAGUUGUCUAUCAAUGUACCAUUAUCCGGCCAUUUAUGAUGAUUUCACCAUUUCCAACUUUGAUAUUAUCUAGUCUGAAAAUUGAUCCCGCAGAUCACUGAUUUGUCUCCGAACAGCCACACCAUAUGACAUUGGCUUUGUCCACCUUUUGUUCUCCAUAUUUGCAAGUGAUCACUCUUUUCCAUAACUAGCUAUCUUUUCCAAAAUUCAUUCUUUCAAUUUCAUUUGAAUAAGAGACUUUUAAAGUUUAAUCUAGAGUUUUAAUGUACAAACUACCAUCUGUUUUAGCUUUCAUCACUGUGCUCCAUUUUACCAAGUUCAUUUUUCUUCUGUCUGGGCUUCUGUGCCGUAGAAAAUUGCUUAUGCUUUUGUAUAACUUGACAUGAAGUAUGUAAGCAUUCCAUCCAUACAUAUUUCUCAACGAAGUUAAUCCCUCCAAAGGAAAGGUACUAUAUUCUCUAAGAUGUAGGUUUCUUUAAACUUUGCCGAAGUGAACUUUUGGAAAUUUUUCUCCUUGGUAUCCCAUUAUCUCUGCCAGUUCUUGUAUCUUUUUUUCAAUUAUCUGGAAAUAUGCUACUUUUUGGUGAUAUUAAUGUGUAGACCAGAAAUUUUAAGCAAAACAACUGUUCUUCCUUUCUCACCACAUAGCACCACUGUAUCAUCUGCGUAAAGAAUGUGAGAUAUUUCCACUUAGUUUCCUGCUUUUCCGUCAAUCGAACAUCCUUAUAAGCAUUUACUGAUAAUCUCCAUAACCAAAUAAAAUAAGAAAGGUGAUAAAGGAUCACUUUGCCUUAAUCCCCUUGUCGGGGUGACGAAACCUACUAUAGUGUCAUUGAUCAGAAACCUAUUUGUUUCAUUAUGUUUUAAGAGAAAAAACCAAUUUACAUGAUCAUAGACUUUUUCUAAGUCCAAUUUGCAAAACACAGCUCUUCUCCCUACAUGUCUAAACAUUCAUUUGCUGUCAAGGUAGCAUCCACAUUUCCUUUGCUGUCAAGAAAAGCCUUCUGAUUUCCAGAUAUCAAUUUAUCCAUCACCGUCUUUAGCUUCCCAUCCAACACUUGUAGGUUAUACUCCUUUAUUUCCACAGCUCUUUCUUUUUAGGAAUUAGUUAUAUUUUGAUCAGGGGGAAUUAGAAUUGUAUGUUUGCCAUUCAAGCUCUUUCUAGUCUUCCCUCGCUGUGAAAAACGUUAAUGCCUGCAUGAUAUCAUCCUUCAUAGUUCCCUAGAUGGCCAUUGUGAAGCCCUCAAGCCUAGGUGCUUUAUCUCCAUUACAACUUCUCUUUCCUCUUGGAAAAAUUGUCAUACCAUCCAUUCCAUUUCUUCUCUUGCUACUUCUGUUAAAAGACUAUCAUCUUUCCAGCUUGGUCUCCAUGCUUCGUUCUUCUUGAAAAGGUCUUCAUAGAAUUUCAAUAUGCCAGUUUCCUUCUAUUUCCAUUCUAUCUAGGUGAUUGCAUCUCAUGGGCAUUCACCUUUUUAUGAAAAAAUUUGGUAUUUUUAUUCCCUUGUUGAAGCAUUAAACUCGUUUUUGCCCUAUGAUGUUUCUUCAGCUUUUGCAUUUAUCUUUUGGCUCAUGUGAGAGAAUUUUCUUAACUGCCGAAUCAUUGUGGUUGUGGGAGUCACAUAUAAGGAAAGACAUCCGAAAAUUACCCUGUGCAACAGGGUAAAAGCAAUUUUUUUAUCUUGUAUACAUACAUCUUUCGAAUCCCCUUGAAAUAGAAAUAGCUUCUAGUUAGUGGCAAAAGUGGUUCAAAAAUACUAGAUGUGGCAUUUAUACAUUUUUUGGAUCCUGUUGUUAAAAUCUGGCUCAGCCACUGCUGAUAUCCCUACCAUUUUCACCUUACAUUCCCAGUUUCAUCUAUCCCACAUGACUUUGAUCCACGCCACUCCCACCUUGUGGGAACUAAGGUGGAAAUCAGAGAAGAAAAACUGGCAGGAAAAUAAAUCUGAAGAGAAG